CUAUUACAUCGUGAACCUCAUAUUGGUGAUUGGAGAAACGUCGACCAAAAUGGAUGAUCCUGAGGUGCUGAGCGAAAGUUUGAGCUACAUUGCUUUGUACAUCAUUAUGUUCGUUAGUUUGAUGUACAUACAAUCAAAGAGUGUUCAGAGAUUGUUCAAGCAAAUUGAUGAAAUGGAAGAAACUAUUUUCAAAAUGUCGAACAAAAAUAUAAAAGAUAUUUAUGGAAAAUACAGCAGAAUAAACAUUGUUGCUGGCAAACAAAUUUUUUACGUGCUUGGAGCAAUGUGCUUUUGUUUAGGUGUGCACCACCUUAAAAUAUUAGAAAGGAAACACUCCUUUAUAUACUAUCAGUGGUACCCGAUCGACACCGAAAAGUACUACUGGUUCGUCGCCUUCAAUCAGAGCUGCUUUUUGACCGUUGCCUUCUUCUACAUGGCGUACACAAAACUGUCCCCCAUUGCUUUUUCCACCUACAUUUUAGGGCGCAUAAAAGUGCUGCAGCACAUUUUGGUCGGGUUGGACGAUUAUGCUAAAUUACAGCCCGACCAAGACAUACAUGAAUCACGGUUUCGUGUAAUUAAAAAGUGCGUUUCUAUGCAUAACGAUGUUAUAGAAUAUGUUACUUUAAUAAGGAGUCACACAAGUACUUUUAUUAUGUUGGAUUUCAUGUUAUCAUCCUUUCAACUGGGUUCAGCUCUUAUUGUUUUGAUGUCGAAUGACCAAAAUAUUAGACUUGUGGACAAAUCUAUUCUUUUGUGGUACUUACUUAUAAAUAUUUAUAUCAUGUGGGUCACUUAUUAUUAUGGGAACGAAAUCAUUGUGCAGAGCCUCAAUGUAUCUGUGUUGGCGUAUAAUAAAUUAAACUGGUACGACUUCAGCCCAAAAUGUAAACUGGCACUUAUCAUGAUAAUGGCCAAAGCUCAGACACCACUUGCUAUAAGUAUUGGUCCCCUGGCUGAUUUAUCCUUGCAGGCUUUUUUAACAGUAAUUCGUGCAACCUUUUCUUACAUGACAUUCAUAAAAAGUAUUUAUGAAUAACUUUAUUACACACAUUUUAGAAACAAACACAUUUUUGCCACUGAUAUUACU